AUGAUUAUUGUGAAUGGACUGUUUGGAGAAGAGUCUAUACCCAUAUGGAGUAGAGAAGGAUUGGGACAAACCAAGCUGGUGGCCCACUCCCUUACAAGCCGAUACUUGUCUACCUUGAGUAGACCACUGUUCUGGGAGCAUAAAGGUGCCAGGAUAGCAGCAAUGAGCAGAAGAUUAAAGUUGGAAGACAUUCUAAACCUCAAGAAUUCUGGACCACAGCAAUAUACUGUAUAUCAGUUUGUAACAGUAGUCCUCAAUAUAUCAUCCCAAGUACCAAAUAUCUCUGCAGAAAUGUCUCAUAUCAACCAAACUAUAUUUAUAUUUGUUGGAUUCACACAUGGUCUUUGGGCACAUUCCAGUUUACUAUGCAUUGUACUUUAUAUUCUAUGUCUAACUGGAAACUUGUUUAUUAUAACAGCCACCUGGCUGGACAAACGUCUCCAUAUCCCCAUGUAUUUCUUCCUCAGCAGCCUGGCUUUCUUGGAUACUUGUCUUAUAUCAUGCACUGUCCCCAACCUGCUCACUAUACUGGUUUACAACCAAAGGACAAUAUCUUUAUCUGGAUGCAUUGUGCAGCUUUACUUCUAUCUGUCACUUGGAACUAUAGAAAUGUAUCAUUUGGCUGUCAUGUCAGUGGAUCGGUAUGUGGCAAUCUGUCUUCCACUGAGGUACCAUUCAAUCUUCACCAACAGGGUCUGUCUAUGGUUGGUACUAAUAGUUUGGAUAUUUGGAUUUAUUACUUUCAUUUAUCCCAUAAUAUUAAUCCCUGAUUUGUCUUUCUGUGGUCCAUAUGAAAUCAAUCAUUUCUUCUGUGAUAGUUCAGCCUUAGUGAAGAUCAGUUGCUCUGGUGCAAGACAGUUUGAUAUGGUUUGUGCCAUUUUCGCCUCAGCUGUCAUUUUGGGAUCUUUCUCCCUCACCAUAAUUUCUUAUUACAACAUUCUCAUCACCAUACUAAUGAUACCAUCCACCAGUGGCAAAAUCAAAGCUUUCUCCACUUGCACAUCUCACUUCACUGUGGUCACAAUAACUUAUGGCAGUUCUAUCUUUAUUUAUGUACGGCCAGUAGAAAGUUCCUCCCUUGACUAUAAUAAAACUGUUGCACUUCUGAACAGUAUAAUGACUCCAGUACUUAAUCCAUUUAUAUACAGCCUGCGAAAUAAGCAAGUCCAACAAGUCUUCCGAGAUUUGUGGUCAAAGAUUGUUCCCCACAGUAGAUUGUUUUUCUUCCUCUGUCUGAGAGGAAAAUCCUUGCAUCUCUGCUGUGGUGUAAAGAAACAAAGAUGCAGAAGUGCUGCUGAAGGAAGAGUUACUUGGCAAGAGCACAUUGCAUCAGACAAGGAGUAA